UUGAGAUAAUGGCCACUGGAGAUGAGGGGCCACCGGCCAUGAUGGUGGACACCAGCACUGACACUAGCACUGAUUCAAGCUCUGACUCCAGCACUGACUCCAGCAGUGACUCCAGCUUCAGCUCUACCUCUGACUCGUCAGAUAAGGAAAAGAAGAAAAAGAAGUAUAAAAAGAAGAAUGGCAAGAAGAGAAGCAAAAAAAGAACGAAGGAAAACAAAAAGGCAAAGAGGUCAGGCGGAAAAGGAGAGCGAGUUGCCUCAAUCUCGGAUGUGGUGAAAAGAUAUCGGCGUGUCCUCAAACAUGUGCAAAGAGGCUUCAGGAUGACCACAGCUUUCAAGAAGCUCGCGUUUCAAGAAAUGCCGUGA